AUGGGAAGCUUUGGGAACUUCUUCCUAUGGUUAGCUGUAAGUGAGAACCUUGAUCUACAGAAGAUGAAUGGUCAAGGAAAGUAUGCGUUGUACAAGUUCGAUGUUGCUAUUGUUUAUUUUCGUGGCUUGGUUGUCCACAUACUGGAUGAUCCAUCUAGGCCUGUUCCGGGCUCUCUUUCUUCACUACUGCACCUACACAACCGACAGCGACAGCCCAUGCCUGCCUCAAUGCCUGGCACCCUCCCUAACCCCACCAUGCCUGGAUCUUCAGCAGUACUGAUGCCUAUGGAAAGACAGAUGUCAAUGAGCUCCAAUAUCAUGGGGAUGCAGGGCCCAAACCUAAACAACCCUUGUGCUUCACCUCAAGUCUCUCCAAUGCACUCAGAAGCCAAAAUGAGAUUAAAGGCAGCUUUAAGCCAUCAUCCAACAGCCAUAUCCAAUGGAAAUAUGAACACAAUGGGUCACAUGAUGGAUAUGAUGAGCUCCCGACAGGAUCAACCUCCUCAUCACCAUAUGCACUCUCAUCCACAUCAGCACCAAAGCCUACAGCAGCAUCACCCGUACCCUCACCAGCAGCACCAGCAUCCGGCGCAUCACCCUCACUCCCAGCCCCAUCACCAACAAGGCCACCCUCACCAUCACUCCCACUCGCACCUUCAUGCACAUCCGUCACACCAUCAGACGUCCCCACAUCCUCCUCUACACAGUGGCGGACAAGCACAGCUCUCACCAGCAGCACAGCAAAUGCAGCCCACUCAGACAAUACAGCCCCCUCAGCCGACAGGGGGCCGUCGCAGGCGAGUGGUGGAUGAAGAUCCAGACGAAAGGCGGAGAAAAUUUCUGGAAAGGAACCGAGCUGCUGCCACCCGGUGCAGACAGAAAAGGAAAGUCUGGGUGAUGUCACUGGAAAAAAAAGCAGAGGAACUUACCCAGACAAACAUGCAGCUUCAGAAUGAGGUUUCCAUGUUGAAAAAUGAGGUAGCACAACUGAAACAGCUGCUGUUAACUCAUAAAGACUGUCCGAUUACCACCAUGCAGAAAGAGUCACAAGGAUAUUUAAGCCCUGAGAACAGUCCACCUGAGAGUCCCGUUUCAGCCUGUUCCCAGCAGCAAGUCAUCCAGCAUAACACCAUAACAACUUCCUCCUCGGUCAGCGAUGUGGUAGGAAGCUCCUCCCUCAAUGCUCUGGCCAAUCACAGAACAGACAUAAACCCCAUUCUCUGAAAUGCUGGAUUCAAGAACUGCCUUUGGGAGUUUGGUAUUUUAUCAGAUCUUCCAUUUUUAUGAACUUUUUUCUCAACUUUAUUUGAAACCUGGAAGUAUCCUAAGUCCUUGAAAGACCUUGGAUUUCCUUUUUUUAUUGUCGCUAUAUAAAUGUGUCUUUUUUACUUACGAGAAAGGGAUUUAUGCAAUUAAUAUUCUAGCAGUUUUGGGAAACACUUGGAGCUUUUAUUUUUUUGGUACAAGUAUUUGUUUAUGAACUGAAGCAUUUAUGUACAUAAUUUUUGUUUUAUAUUAUUAGCCUCACAAGUCUACUAUUUAGCCUAAGCAGCAUCUAAUUUGUUUCAAAAAA